CCCUCAGAGGCUGUUUAAGUCUUGUUGGCGCGCGGCACUAAAGCCAGUGCACGAGGGUUUGUGGCGUGACAGUCAUCAGUGAUUUUGAGGAUUUGUUGGUGUCUCUGUGGAGCUGUUGAACUUUCCGCAUAUUGGAGGCUGCAGGAUCUUCCAUUUAUUCUGACUGCAGCCCACGUACAAAGGCCUCUCCAGCUUUGGAAGGUGGGCUGGUACUCAAGAGUCAACAUGCCAGCUAAUGGGAAAUCACCCCAGAGGUUUCCUGCCCUGGUUCCAGGACAACCUGGCAGAUCAUUUGAGGGGUCUGUGUCAUUUGAAGACGUGGCUGUGGAUUUUACCCGACAGGAGUGGUACAGACUGGACCCUGCCCAGAGGACCAUGCACAAGGAUGUGAUGCUGGAGAACUACAGCAACCUGGCAUCUGUGGGCCUCUGCGUGGCCAAACCGGAGAUGAUCUUCAAGUUGGAGCGAGGGGAAGAACUGUGGAUAUUAGAGGAGGAAUCCUCAGGUCAUGGUUACCCAGGCUCUCUCUCACUGCUGUGUGCCAACAAUUCUGUUGGGGGUAAUGCCCUCAGUCAUGAUAAUGACCUUCAGCAUCAGAAGAUUCAAACUUUGGAUCAGACUGUUGAAUAUGGGAAAGCCUUCUACAAGAGAACAGCCUUUGUUGGACAUAAAAGAACACACACAGGAGAGAAAAACUUUGAAUGUCAUGAAUGUGGGAAAACUUACUGCAGGAAAUCAAAUCUUAUUGAACAUCUGAGAAUACACACAGGCGAGAGACCCUAUAAAUGUGGUGAAUGUGCAAAAACCUUUAGUGCAAGAUCAUACCUCAUUGCUCAUCAGAAAACUCACACAGGGGAGAAGCCCUUUGAAUGUAAUGAAUGUGGAAAAUCUUUUGGCAGGAAGUCACAACUCAUUCUACAUCGGAGAACACACACAGGAGAGAGACCCUAUGAAUGCACUGAGUGUGGGAAAACCUUUUCUGAGAAGGCAACCCUCAUGAUUCAUCAGAGAACUCACACAGGGGAGAAACCCUAUGAAUGUGGUGAAUGUGGGAAAACAUUUCGCGUUAAGAUAUCCCUUACUCAACACCAGAGAACUCACACAGGGGAGAAACCCUAUGAAUGUGGUGAUUGUGGGAAAAACUUUCGUGCAAAAAAAUCCCUAAACCAACAUCAAAGAAUUCACACAGGCGAGAAACCCUAUAAAUGUGGUGAAUGUGGGAAGUUCUUCAGAAUGAAGAUGACUCUCAAUAAUCACCAGAGAACUCAUACAGGUGAAAAACCCUAUCAGUGUAACGAAUGUGGGAAAUCUUUCAGGGUGCACUCAUCUCUCGGAAUACAUCAGCGAAUUCACACAGGAGAGAAACCUUAUGAAUGUAAUAAAUGCGGUAAUGCCUUCUAUGUCAAAGCACGCCUCAUUGAACAUCAGAGAAUGCAUUCAGGAGAGAAACCCUAUGAAUGUAGUGAAUGUGGAAAAAUCUUCAGUAUGAAGAAAUCCCUGUGUCAACAUCGGAGAACUCACGUAGGAGAAACUUUAUGAAUGAAGUGAAUGCAGAAAUGCCUUCUAUGUGCAAGUAUGCCUCAUUGACACAGGAUAGAGACCCUUUGAAUGUCAAGAAUGUGGGAAAGCCUUCUGCCAGAAAGCACACCUCAGAGAACAUCAGAGAACUCACUUAGGCCAGCCCUUGCCUUGUACUAUAGAGAAAGCUUCUCUAAGAAGAUUCCCCUCACCAUUUGACCAAGCCCUUUGGGCCAUCUGAUUACUGGUGCACACAGAGUGCACUUGUAACAAUUUGGCUCUUACGUUGGUUUGAAAAUUGUCCCGAUUGCCUUAGGGAGUGGCUCAUUGUUGUUUUCAUUUCAUUUGGAUUUCCCUAAUUAGUGGUGAGGUUGAACAUUGGCUUACCUGUUGACUGGCCAUUUGUUUUAUUUCGUCUGUGCAAUGAC